AUGUUAGUGUCUGAAAGUCCUACAGAGCUAAGGAUUGUGCUGCUUGGAAAGAAUGGCUCUGAGAAGAGUGCUGUUGGGAACUUCAUCCUGGAAAGAGGGGCAUUUGACCCCAACUAUGUACAAAGUCACUGUGAGAGAGCCAGGGGUCAGGUGGAGGGAAGACACAUAGCUGUGAUCAACACUCCAGACCUGUUAGACCCUCACAUCUCACAUGACAAACUCUCAGAGGAACUGCGUUGGUGUGUCACUCUGUCUAAACCGGGACCUCAUGUGUUCCUGUUGGUGCUGCAGCCUGAGGAGUUCACACAGGAAGAGGGAGACAGAAUCAGGACAAUCCUAGACACCCUCAGUGACCGGUCCUUUGACUACUCAAUGGUACUGACAACUCAUGAAGACAGGAGGGGACACAUGGAUGAGGAUCACCCUCUGAAUCAGAUGGUCAGAGCCUGUAGAGGGAGGCAGCACCUCAGUGACCACACUCAACUUAUGGCAGAUGUUGACAAGAUUGUAAAGGAGAAUGGAGGAGACUAUCUCACCUGUGAUAUAUUUGAAGAUACUACAAGUGACAUGGUACAAGGGAAAGAGGAUAUCCAUAGGAGUAAAACUGAUUGGAGCCUAAAAUCUUCCUCUGAGGAAGAACUUGGAAAGGAUGAUUUGGAACAAGAAGAAUCAGCAAAAUUGGACAAAUGGGGGAAAGUUAGAGAAAUUGUGUCUUCACUCAGGAUUGUGCUUCUGGGGAAGAAUGACGACAAGAAGAGUACAGUGGGUAACAUGAUCCUACAGAAAGAGGCUUUUAGGCCUGCUCAUUUCUUCAACUAUAAACAGCCAUGUGAUUCAGCCAGUGGGGAGGUGAAUGGCAAGUCUGUUACUGUUGUAAAGACUCCAGACUUCUUUGCUCCACGUCUGACUGUGCAGUCCCUGAUGGAGGAGAUGGAGAAAUGUAAGUCCCUCUCUGCUCCUGGGCCUCAUGGGGUCCUGCUGGUGUUGAAGCCUGAGGGGUUCACAGAGGAGAACAGAAACACAUUCAAGUUGAUCCUGAGCAUAUUUGGUAAAGAAACCUUCAAGUACUCAAUGGUGAUCAUUACUCACCGCAAGGGAGUCACAAGAAAUCCUCAUCUGAGACAAAUGAUCGAAGAAUGUGGAGGAAGGCAUCAUGAAAUGUACAAACAAGGAAGUGACCACAAAGAGUUAACUGAAAAGAUAGAAAAGAUGGUAGAGGAGAAUGAAUGGAGAUACCUCACCUCCAAUGAAGAGACAACACAUGAUACCAUGACACCAAAGGCUCAGAGACUGAACGUGGUUCUGUGUGGCAGAAGAGGAGCCGGGAAGACUUCUAUAGCCAAUGCCAUACUGGGUCAGACAGAGUCCAGUCCAAAGUCCAGCUCCUCCUCAGUGUGUGUGAAGAGAGAAGGAGAGGUGUGUGGUCGGCCUGUCACCCUCAUCGAGCUGCCUGCUCUGUAUGGAACACAUCUCACUCAGGAGGAAGUGAUGCGUGAGACUUUCCACUGUGUCUCUCUCUGUGACUCUGGAGUCCAUGCUUUCCUCCUGGUCGUACCUUUGGGUCCACUCACUGAUGAAGACAAAGGAGAGUUGGAGGCCAUCCAGAAGAUUCUCAGCUCACGAGUCAAUUACUUUUUCAUGGUCCUGUUUAGACAGGAUAACAUUCCAGUUGAUAAAACUGCAGUUGACUUUGUGGAACAAAAUGCAGACACAAAGCAACUGAUCAAGAUAUGCGGAGGGCGGUAUAAAAUCUAUGAUGCUUUGAAAAUUGAUAACGCCAAGCAGACGACAGAACUUGUAGCAGAAAUAGUCAAAAUGAUGGAUCAGAACAGAACCUGCUACACUCUGUACAUGUACAUGGAGGCUAAACACCAAUCAGAACUGGAGGAAAAGAACAGAAGAAUCAAGGAUUUAGAGGAGAGAAUCAGGAACAUGUCACAAGGUGAGUUUGUUGAACACAGGGAGGAACAAAUAUUGGGGGGUGCUGAAAUGGAGUUCUCCAGCACAGAGUGCAUAAGGGUGGUGCUGAUUGGGAAAACUGGCAAUGGGAAGAGCGCCUCUGCAAACACUAUCCUGGGCAGAAAAGAAUUUGCGUCUAAAUCCAGCACUGAUUCUGUGACAACAGUUUGCAAGAAGGCAGUUGGCAAAGUUGAUGGAAUAACAGUUUCUGUGGUUGACACACCUGGCCUUUUUGACACAACACUGUCUAAUAAAGAUGUUCAGCAAGAGAUAGUGAAAUGUGUUUCCCUGUCAGCUCCUGGACCCCAUGUGUUUAUCAUAGUGUUGAGUGUCGGGAGAAUCACACAGGAGGAGCUGGACACUUUGGACCUCAUAGAGAAAACCUUUGGUCCACGGGCAGGAAUGUUCUGCUUAGUUCUGUUUACUAGAGGAGAUGACUUGGAAAAUGAAUCAAUUCAAGAUUACAUUGGGAACAGCAAGAAUGCCAAACUGAAAAAACUGAUCAGAGAUUGUGGAGACAGAUUCCAUGUCUUCAACAACAGAGACAAGAAUCGCACACAGGUCACUGAGCUUCUUAAGAAGAUUAACAAAAUGGUGUCCAUGAACAAGGGCAGUUUCUACACCAAUGAGAUGUUCCAGGAGGCAGAUGCAGCCAUUAAACAAAAACAGGAAGCAAUACUGAAGGAGAGAGAGAUGGAGAUAAAGGCUGACAUGGAGAAACUGAAGGUCAGCCAUGAAACAGACAUGGAAAAGAUGAAGUCAAAGUUGGAAGAGGAGAGAUUGAAAGUUCAGGAGGAAAGACAGCUGAGAGAUAAACUGUUGAGAGAGAGAGAGGAAGCUAUUAGAAAAGAACAUGAGGACAAGGAGAAAGCAGAGAAGGAAGAAAGAGAAUUGGAGGACAAAAAAAGGAAAGAAGAUAAAAAGUUGAAAAAAGAAAUAUGGAACACAGAAAAAGAGAGGAUGGAAAAAGAGAUACAAACUCAGGAAAUAAAAGACCGAAUUGAACAAGACUUUAAAGAAAAGAGGAGAGAGUUGACAGACAAAAUGACAACGCAACAAGAGCAGUGGGAGAAAGAACGUAGAGAGGAACAGGAAAGAAGAUUUCAAGAGGAUGUAAAUAGAAGAGUGGAGGAGAGACUAAAACUAAGAAAACUGGAGGAAACAUUUCAACAAGAACGUGAAGAAGAAAACAUGAGGAAGGAGAAGGAAGAUAAAGUCAGGAGAGAACAAGAAGAGAAGAAAUGGAAGGAAAUGAAGGCAGAGCACGAAAAGGAAACCAAAGAAAAGAAGGAUAAAUAUGAUCAAGAGGCCAGAAGACAAGCAGAGGAAUUAAACUUCUUUAGAAACAAUGACAAAAAUAAAACGUUUGCGAAAUAUAAAGAAGAGAAGGAGAAACUAAGGCAAAAGCACAAAAAGGAGACUGAUAAAUUGAAGGGUCAAUAUGGUCAUAAUGAAAAAGCACUGACUGAUAAAAUGAAGGAAUUGGAGACAAAACAGAAAGCAGAGAUGGAAAACUUGAGGUUAAUCAAGGCCCUGCAGCACCGACCGCCACCGCAGCGAGGCCCCGGUGUUCGCACCGGGUCUGGCUCUCGACCCAAAACCUGCCCCGGCUCUCGACCCGAAACCUGCCCCUCCGCCUGCCCUGCCGGACGCUGGGUCCACGGUUUCUGGGGCCCUUCAAAGUCCUGA